AUGAUAUUUGGAGCGAAUAUUCAAGUAUACUGUCCUGAUUAUGGCAUCGUGAAAGAUGGUAUAAUAUCAUAUUAUCCACUCUAUGACAAAUUUUUACAUCCUCCUGCAUCGACUAUGCAUUUACUCUGUUUGCCACUGUAUUAUCCUACUGGAACAGUUCAAGCAACUUGCCAAAAUGACGGAACUUGGGAUAACGUUCUUGGUUCAUGUAAGCCAAUAAUUCCAACAUCAAGCAAUACCAGUUGUACAGCCCAUACUAAUAUCAACAAUAGAUCAAUUACUUAUUUCGGUAUUCCAAUCAACUCAACGUAUCCACAAGGAACCAUGGCCUUCGUAAACUGCGCUAAUAUUUCUCAUCAUAUUAGUGGUAGUCAUUCAGCAGUUUGCAUAGAAGGCAAAUGGUCAACCAAGCUAGGAAAAUGUAUUCCAUCUCAAGCGUAA